AGCCUCUCCGGCGGGCCCUGCUCAUUGGAGCGGCUGCCCUUCCAGUACGAGCACAUUGUUCCCCGCCCCCGCCCCGGUCAGCGCCACCGCCGUCGCCGCGGCCUCCACCCGGCUAUAAAAACCAGCCGAACCCCCCGAAAGGUGCGGAUGCAUAUUAUAGAUCCACAGGACACCAACGCCCCGAGCCGAGCCAGGCUCUCCUCUGCGAGCGCCUAGGAAUCGAAUUCACACUCUGAAGACCGAGGAAGGUACCUUGCCAACACUGUGACAAUCCUCCGGGGGGCGGGUGGGCCAUGGACUCGGACGCCAGCCUGGUGUCCAGUCGCCCGUCGUCGCCAGAGCCCGAUGACCUUUUCCUGCCAGCCCGGGGCAAGGGCAGCAGCGGCAGCGCCUUCACGGGAGGCACCGUGUCCUCGUCCACACCGAGCGACUGUCCUCCGGAGCUGAGCGCGGAGCUGCGCGGAGCCAUGGGCUCUGCGGGCGCGCAUGCCGGGGACAAGCUGGGCGGCGGCGGCUUCAAGUCAUCCUCGUCCAGCACCACGUCCUCCACGUCGUCGGCGGCGGCCACGUCGUCCACCAAGAAAGACAAGAAGCAGAUGACGGAGCCCGAGUUGCAGCAGCUGCGCCUGAAGAUCAACAGCCGCGAGCGCAAGCGCAUGCACGACCUCAACAUCGCCAUGGACGGCCUGCGGGAGGUCAUGCCGUACGCCCACGGCCCGUCAGUGCGCAAGCUGUCCAAGAUCGCCACGCUGCUGUUGGCGCGCAACUACAUCCUGAUGCUCACCAACUCGCUGGAGGAGAUGAAGCGUCUGGUGAGCGAGAUCUACGGCGGUCACCACGGGGGCUUCCACCCCUCGGCCUGCGGCGGCCUGGCACACUCCGCUCCGCUGCCCGCGGCCACCACGCACCCCGCCGCCGCCGCCGCCCACGCCGCGCAUCACCCCGCGGUCCAUCACCCCAUCCUUCCUCCCGCCGCCGCCGCCGCCGCCGCGGCCGCCGCCGCCGCCGCCGUCUCCAGCGCUUCCCUGCCCGGCUCGGGGCUGUCUUCGGUCGGCUCCAUCCGACCUCCGCACGGGCUGCUGAAGUCUCCGUCGGCGGCCGGGGCCACCCCGCUGGGGGCCGGGAGCGGCGGCGGCGGCGGCGGCAGCGGCGGCUUCCAGCACUGGGGAGGCAUGCCUUGUCCCUGCAGCAUGUGCCAGGUGCCCCCGCCGCACCACCACGUGUCGGCCAUGGGGGCCGGCAGCCUGCCCAGGCUCACCUCCGACGCCAAGUGAGCCGGGACCGGGGGGGUUGGGGGGGCGCAUUCAGGCGAUCCGGCGGGGAGUGCACCCCCCGAGGGCAUCCGGGGUGCAGGGACUGGUAGCCCCGCCUGGGGCACUGGAGCUCGGUGGCCUGGAGGGACGCAGGAUCACGGGCUGGGACGAAGGGGAGGACGGGGAGGAAGGUAUCCGGGAAGCUGAACCAGCGGGGAGCGCACGGAAGACAGGGCGCGCUGGCUCGGGAGUCCUGGCUUUUACGCUUCCUCGGGACUGGCCCCGGGAAAGGGCCACUUUAUAAGCCCGGAGUCGCUGCGCGAAUCCUUCCCUGGAACGCCCUCGCUACCACGCUCAGGACAAGCCUAAAAUACGCUUUCCCCACGCGCACAGCCUGUCGCCCUCCGAGUCACCCGGACAGCACUCACUUCGUGGAGAGACCCGGGGCUGGGGCCUGAGGGGCUGGACUGGCUUCGGGACGGGUCGGGGACUGCCG